AUGCCGUCCUCUUCAUUCUUUCAGAGGUCGAGCACCACAUUCGUUUCUACAUUAGCGUUGCUUUCUUCUCCUGUCUUCUCUGCUGCCGUUCCUGGCCCUGCUCUACAGUAUAAUCUGGACACAAGCUUUACCGGUACCAGCUUCUUCGAUAACUUCACCUUCUUCGACAAGGCGGACCCUACACAUGGCUUUGUCAAUUACGUCGGCCGCAAGGAUGCUGGGGGUCUUUACUCUGCCAGCCCGCAGAGCGCGCGACUCAGCGUUGACUCCACCACUAAGCUGAAGGCACCCUCGUCGCAGUCAGAUUAUUAUGGACAAAAUGGUAUCGGCCGAAAGAGUCUGCGUAUUGAGUCUAACAAGCAGUGGACGUAUGGUCUGUUCAUUGCCGAUAUCAACCACAUGCCGUAUACAAGAGGGACUGCAGCAGGAUGCGGUACAUGGCCAGCCUUCUGGACCUUGGGACCUGAUCCGUGGCCAACAUAUGGAGAGAUUGACAUCAUCGAAGGCGCCAACGAUGUGACCUCCAACACUGCCGCGGCACAUGUCAGUGGUCAGUGUACAAUUAGCGCCAAUCAAGGACCUUACGGCACUCUGAAGACACCCGACUGCAACUAUAACAACAAGGAUUUCUGGUCUGGUCAGACUCCUAAUCCUACCGGAUGCCAAGUUGGUGACAACCGUGCCGUAUCGUACGGUAAUGCCUUCAAUGACAACGGUGGCGGUGUCUAUGCCCUUGAGUGGACGAACCAGAACGUUAUGAACACGUACUUCUUCCCUCGUCAACAGAUUCCGAAAGACAUCACAGAUGGAACACCAGACACAAGCAAGUGGGGCUCUCCCUUCGCCUCCUUCGCCGGCCCUGGCUGCAACGUCGACAAUAUCAACGUCAAGAACCUUCGUCUGGUCGUUGAUACUACCUUCUGCGGUGAUUAUGGUGAUGCUACGUGGGGCAGUGGCUGCGCUGCGAAGACUGGAGAGUCGCUUUGUGCUGCAUACGUUGCAAAGAACCCGUCUGCCUUUUCGGAGGCGUACUGGGAUUUCCGUUCCAUCAAAGUUUACCAGAAGGGUCCCAAGCCGGUGACGACCACCACUACCACUACAACCACCACCACCAAGACCACUACUACCACAACACCUACUAAGUCGUCUACUACGACCACCACGACCACGACUACAACAUCUAAGGCAACUUCAACAACCACAACUACCAAGACUUGGCCUACAUCGACGAGCACGUCGACUUCCACAACCACCACAUCCAAGUCAAGCCCGGCACCUACCUCUACCACCUCCACUUCGGCGACCACCACAUCCAGCAAGUCUACCACCACUUCUCCUAGCACGUCUUCGACCACCACAACCACGAGCUACAGCCAGCCCUGGCCUACUACAACCACUUCGACCUUGACGACGACGAGCACUACCACGAAGCCUGCUUCUUCUUCGACUACCACCAGCAGCUCGGCCUCCGCCAGUACUACUUGGGCCGAUAUUGACUUCUCGACCACGACCACGACCUCAAGCUCCGCUAGCACGACUUGGGCCGAUGUAGACUUCUCCACCAAGACGACCACUACAACCGCUUCAGUCUCCGCGACUACGACUUGGGCCGAUGUCGACUUCUCGACCAAGACGACCACGACAACCGUUCCAGUUUCCGUGACCACAACUUGGGCUGAUGUCGACUUCUCAACCACAACGACAGCCACGACCACCAGCGCCGGCUAUACCUGGUCUGAUGUCAGCAUCAGUACCACCACCAGCAAGCCCGUCGACCCCGCAAGCUACACGUGGUCUGAUGUUGCAAUCCCCACGACUACUACCACGACGACUAAAGCAGUUGACCCCGGCCACACAUGGUCAGACGCACCACUUGAUCCAAUCUCCACCACAUCCACGCUGGCCUGGACCGACGCGUCAGUUCCUGUCAAGCCGACUUCUACUUAUACCGCCGCGAUCUCCUGGACCGACGCGUCUGUACCAGUCAAGCCGACUUCUACUUCGACCGCUUCGAUCUCCUGGACCGACGCGUCUGUCCCCGUCAGCCCUGUCUCAACGACCUCUGUGGCAUGGUCCGACGUUGCUGCAAUCCCAACGACAAUCUCAGUCAUCCCAGAGAAGGCAGUCGACGCCCCCACCGCGUCCACUUGGGCGGACGUAGCGGUCGCAACCCCAACAGGCGCGCCGGCUAAGCCUGCUUCCCCUGUGUCGGACUACAAGGGUGCAGCCAGCAGCAACGCUGUCGUGUCAUGGGCUGUGAUGGGUGUUGCGGCGCUCUUGGGUGCUGCGCUGCUGUAA